AUGUCGACAUCAGCUCCAAGAAUCCAAGCACUCGCCAUCGUCUCACCACGAGGCGGGCCUAUCUACGUCCGCCAAUUUGGAAGGUCUCCAAGCUCAUCGACAGCAGCUGAUUUGCGGUAUCACUACUUCGCCCAUGCCGCACUCGAUGUGAUGGACGAACGCACCGCGCUUGCCGUCGCUCCGGGCGCAUCGUCCAACAGAACCAGCUCAGAGCAGUACCUCGGCCUGCUUUCCACGCUCGAAGAUCUGGCGAUCUACGGCUUCCAGACGUGCGCCAAGCUGCGCAUUCUGCUCAUGCUCUCUUUGACCGACCAUGCGGUGCGAGACAUCGACAUGCUCACGCUUUUCCGGGCUGUCUACACAGCAUGCCUCAAGUACUCGGCGAAUCCGUUCCAUUCGCUCCCACCAACAACGUUCGCACGAGCAGCUGGUAGUGAUAUCGACGGCAAAGAUGACCAAGAGGCAGUUGUUGCACAGGAGGAGCUGGAGAAACGGCAGGCGAGCAAUCUGCCAAUCAAUUGCCGGCCAAUACGCAGCUCAGCUUUCGAUGCCAGGAUCGACCGCAUCGUCUUUGGAAGCGCGAGCGCCGCAGGGGCUCCGAGGGAAAGCGGGUCAGCGCCAAGACCAACAGCUGCCACAGCUGCUCGAUAG